UAAUUAUGUGAAAUUGUGAAAGCGACUGGAAAUAAUGGCUGAGAAAGACGACAAAGAAGUAGAGCGAAUUUCGAAAAAAGGGUCAAAAGAUGAACAAAAAGUGGCAGUUAAACGCAAGUCAAACGACCCGCUUGACGAUGAAAAGUACUCGUCGUCAAAAGUAAAAGUUGAAGAACCUUCUAGUAAGACGUUGAAGAGUGGCAUUGCAAUAAAAGUUGCACCAUUGAAAUCAGCUGAAGCAAAAAAAGAAAAACUGAAUGUUAUAUCAAAACCAAAGAAGGGUUCUAUAGCUGCCGCUUUUAAUGAUGAGAGUGACGAGGAGGAAGAAAUACCGAGGGAGGCAAAAAUGAGAAUGAGAAAUAUGGGAAAAGACACUGUGACCUCCUCUGGGCCAAAUUCUUUCAAUAAAGGCAAACAAGGAUUCACAAAUCAUAAUAAACUUAAGGAGAAAGAAAUGAAACUCUUGAAAUAACUAAUUCAUUCAAGAUAUUUUUACCUGUUUGUAUCACAUUUAAAAUCAUCGUACUUUUGUCGCAUUACUUUGGCUUGGGAGCAAGGAAACCUUUAAUUACUGGUGGUAAAAGCGACAAAAUGCGUAAGAUUCUCGACAAACUAUCAAAGAAAGUUAGUCCAUUUCAUCCAACUGUGUGGACAUACGGUGGUAAUCUACACACACUGUUUGGGGAUAUUUUACGUGGCCAACCGAAAGUGAACUAUCAAUAUGAGAGUAUAGUUGCGCCUGAUGGCGGUGUCUUAAGAUUGGAUUGGACUUGUGAUGAUAAUGAGGAAUACAUAGGACCGUCAAAGGCUACGAAUAGUGAAUCCAAAGUGGAUGAAACACAUGAAUCAAAGACUGUAAAUCCCUCCGUAUUGAAAGAAGUACCUCAGAAACCAGAGGUUACGAACAUUGUCCUUAUUCUUCCCGGGUUGACAGGAGAUUCUUCAUCAGGUUACGCUUUGCAAUUUGCAGAGGAUGCUCUUGAGUUAGGUUACAAAGCUGUUGUAAUGAACCAUCGUGGUUUGUCUACAAUCCCCACAACAUAUCGAUUCUUUUGUGCUACCAACUGGGAAGAUCUUGAGCUUACACUGAAGACAAUACACCAUAAAUAUCCUCGCUGUCGUAUCUGUGCUGUGGGUGUGUCAAUAGGUGGUAUGGUCUUAACAAAUUACCUUGUACAAAAAAGUAUGAAUAACGAGGAAACAGGUCUUGCUGCUGCUUUUGUCAUUUCAAUACCCGACUCAUUUAAAGCAGCAAAAUCAUUGGAAAAACCUGUUCCAUGUUUUAUGUUUAAUAGAUAUCUGACAAGGAAACUCAGGCAUAUCUUUGUUAGAAAUGUACAAGGUCUGUUGAAGAAUGGGAUUAAGGUACCAGAGAAACAUAUAGUUGAUGCUUCAAAAGCCACCACCAUUAGGCAAUUUGAUGCAGCGGUUAUAGCACCUAUGUUUGGUUUUAGAGAUGUUGAUCAUUACUAUCAUUCAGCAUCCAUUGUGGAGAAACCUAUAGAAGAUAUCAGAACACCCUUAUUGUUCCUUAGUGCUGUUGAUGAUGCAUUUUCUCCUAUUGAGCAAAUUCCAGUGGAACGUAUCAAGCACUGUGAUAAUGUUGCUUUGUUGUUAACACAUACCGGUGGCCAUGUUGGAUUUCUUGAGGGUUUAAUACCUUAUGGUCGUAGUUACAUGGAUAGAGUGUAUAAACAUUUCAUUCAAGCUGUGUUUGAUGAAGGAUAGAGAAGAAACUAGUGAUGAACAUUACUGGGUACAUAGGGAUAGAGUUUGCAAGCAUUUUAUUCAAGCUGUGUUUCAUGAAGGAUAGUUUAGAUGAAUAAUUGGUGAUGGAUAAUGCAGGGUAGAAAGGGAUUUAGUUUAUAGGCAUUUCAUUCAAGCUGUGUUUGAUGAUGGAUAAAGGAGAAAUUUGUGAUGAAAGUUUUUAACAUUUUUACUAGCAAAAAGUUGUAAUUUUUUUAAAUCAGUUGAGAUCUGCUGGAUGGAAACACAACUAGACAUGAAUUUUCAAUUAUUUAUUAGAAAGGAGCAAUUUUAAUACUAACAAAACGUCAUUUAAACAUACUUAAACAAUAAACAAUUAUUGUGUACAAUAACAAUAUUCUAACUACCUACGUGCAAAUAUAGUGAUGUGCAAACUUCUUAGUGCAGUGACUUCGUUUCGAAGUGUAUUUGUGCUAAUGUGCUGUCCUUUUUGUAGAACUUUUAAUGUGAACGUUAUUGAUAACUACUUAAUUGCUAUAUCAUUUGAUAUUACUUAACCACUAUUUGGUGUAAUUUGUAACUAGUUAGUUUGUGCUAUAAAAUGGGAAAUAUUAUACAAUGACUAGGCA